GGUUGGUGUUGGGUAGAGAAAAUACAUCUUUUCAAAUUCUCCAUAUUGAAGAGAAUGAUGGCGGAGACCGGUGGAGUUAUUCCGACGAUAGACUUGGAAGAGGUCGUUUCAGAUAAGAUCCUGAAUCAGAAAAUCCGUGAAGCGAGCGAGAGAUGGGGAUGCUUUAGGGUGAUGAACCAUGGAGUUUCAUUGUCUUUGAUGUCUGAUAUGAAGAAGACCAUUAUGGAUCUCUUCGAACGUCCACACGAGGUGAAAGUGCGCAACACUGACGUGUUACUAGGGAUUGGUUACAGGGCUCCAUAUGAUAUCAAUCCUUACUAUGAAACAUUUGGUCUCUAUGACAUGGCUUCUCCUCAAGCUGUCAACACUUUUUGUGACCAGCUUGACGCUUCCGCGGAUCAAAGGGAGAUUAUGGUGAAGUAUGCCAAAUCUACUGAUAUACUUGCAAAGGAUUUAGCAAGGAGGUUAGCAGAGAGUUACGGUUUGGCUGAGACUGACUUCUUCAAAGGAUGGCCGAGCCAGUUGCGGAUUAACAAAUAUCAUUUUAAACCCGAAGCAGUCGGGAAACUGGGGUUUCACCUACACACAGAUUCUGGUUUCUUGACGAUUCUUCAAGCCGAUGAGAAUGUUGGUGGACUUGAAGCCAUGGACAAUGCUUCAGGAAAGUUCUUUCCCAUAAGCCCGAUGCCAAACACGCUUGCUAUCAUCCUUGGGGACAUGGCUACAAUCUGGAGCAACGGACGAUUGUGUAAUGUGAAGCAUAGAGUGCAAUGCAAUGAAGCAACCGAGAGGUUUUCUAUCGCCUCGUUUUUAUUAGGACCAACGACUGAUUUGGAACCACCAAGUGAGUUUGUGGAUGCUGAACAUCCGCGACUAUACAAGCCUAUUAGUCACGAAGGGAUACGAAACAUUAGAACGAUCAAGAAGUUGGUUGAUGGAGAAGCUCUCAAGCUUAUAACCUAUGAAUGAUAAAAACUUAAAUGACAGAUUAUGAUGGUUGUGAUAACCGGAAAACUUGAGUAUUCUUGUUAUGUUUACCUAAGAUUGAGAAAUAAAAAUGUAUCUUUGCCCUAUCGAUUUUCGUAAUAUAUAAAAAUGAAUAAGUUCACA